AUGGCCCAUAACAUUGAAAAUGGCCCUGGGGCUAUUCCAGUCAAACGGAUCUGGUACCGCUCAACACUAUUCAAUGCCUGCGUGAUUGGAGCCGUCGGCUUCCUUGCACCCGGCCUUUGGAAUGCCAUGAACUCCUUGGGCGCGGGAGGUGAAGAGAAGCCAUUCCUGGUCAAUGCUGCCAAUUCACUGGUUUUCGCCUUAAUGGGAUUUUUUUGUCUUUUCGGCGCCCCAAUCGCAAAUCGCAUCGGACUGAAAUGGACCUUGCUUCUCGGCGCUGUCGGUUAUCCUAUUUACUCUGCUGGAUUGUACACGAACAAUCGAUUCGGAACUGUUUGGUUAGUGCUAGUUGGAUCUGCUGCAUGCGGUAUCUCUGCUGGCCUAUUCUGGGCGAGUGAAGGUGCCAUUGCUAUUGGAUAUCCCGAACCUUCCAAGAGGGCUCGCUAUCUGAAUAUCUGGGUCUGGUGGAGGACAUUAGGCCCGCUUAUUGGAGAUUCAAUCGUGUUGGGUCUCAAUAUCAAUGCUGCCGGCAUAGGAAGUGUCAGCCAUACUACCUAUCUCGUUUUCAUUGUGCUGCAAUGUCUCGCUGUACCCGUGGCUUUAUUACUGACAUCGCCGGCCAAAGUACAACGAGGAGAUGGUUCUCCGAUCAUCAUUACGGUUGAAAAGUCAUGGAAGGAUGAGUUCAAGGCUCUGUGGCGCACAUGCAAGAAUCGUACGGUCAUCUUGUUGCUUCCAAUUUUCUGGGCAGUAUAUUUCAAUCAAUACACCGGCAAUUUCAAGGCCUACUACUUUGGAGUGCGGGCCCGGGCAUUGAUGGCCUUUGUCUCUGAUGUUGUCACAAUCGUCGCUUCUCAAGCUAUGUCUCAUUGGCUUGACUCUAAGUUCACAUCUGCCAAAAAGCGCGUUGUCUAUGGAUGGUAUUGGGUCGUUCUGGUGCAUGUCGUCACAUGGAUCUAUGUAUGGGUUAUUCAAGAAGAGUUUAGCGCCCACCCUCCAAAGCUGGAUUAUAAGACCUCCGGAUUUGUAAAGGGCGCGUUUGCAGUCUGGCUGUGGGCAUUCGCACAGCAGACGGCACAGAACUGGCUCUAUUAUAUUGUCGGUUCGAUGACGGAUAAUCUUGCGGAACUCACGCGAUUGACUGGUAUUCUCAGGGGUCAGGAGAGCUUUGGUCAGGCGGUUUCUUAUGGUCUCAAUUCAAAGAAAUGGUAUGGCGGUCGUGUACCGAUGGCUGUCAACACCAUAUUGCUAGGUCUAUGUGUGAUACCUACAUGGAUCGUUGUCCACAAACAUGAGCCAGGCGAGUUGAAUGGAAAGACUACUUCGCAUUACGAGCCAGAAGUUGAUUCGGCUAGUGCUGAAGAGGUCAUUGUCAGUCCUGAAGCAAAGUUUGCAAAUGCGGCCGAACUCAGCAAGAGUGCCCAACCAGAGGGACGGUAG